AGUAUUAUUAACAAUUCUUUACUUGUUAAGAAAACAUCAAAACAAAUUUUAACAAAAUGUUCAAAUUCGCUGUUGUCAUCUUUGCUGUCAUUGCCUGUGCUGCUGCCAAACCCGGUUUCAUUGGUGCUCCUUUGGCCUACACUGCUCCCGCCGCUGUUGUUGCUGCUCCAGCUCCUGUAGUCACUGCCACCAGUAGCCAGGUUAUUGCUCGUAAUUACAAUGGUAUUGCCACUGCUCCAAUUGUAGCUCCCGUAGCUACUCCCGUUGUAGCCAAAACUGUUGCCCCUGCUGCUUUCGCUGCUCCUGUUGUUGCUAAAUAUGCUGCCGCUUACUCUCAUCCUUUGGCCUACUCCGCACCUGUUGUAGCUAAAUAUGCUGCCGCUUACUCUCAUCCUUUUGCUUACUCCGCUCCUGUUGUAGCUAAAUAUGCUGCUGCCUAUACUCAUCCUUUGGCCUACUCAGCACCUUUGACUUAUGCCGCUGCUCCAGCUUUGUGGUAAAAAGUGGUUUUAAAACGUUUAAGACGAUGUGAUU